GGCUGACACCCAACUACUGAAGCUGAAAGCGUGUUUCUUUAUCGACUCUCUUAUACCUAGAUGCCAAGGUAUCAAAAACCAGGAUUCUCAAGAAUUGCCACCUGAUGAUAAUACAUAUGUACGCCGACGCAAGACGCUAUCUGCACGCCGUGUGCCGCAGCCUUUUGGUUCAUUUUUCAACAUACAUCAGUAACGUUUAUCUGUUUCUACACUUACUCUACACUCCUCGACAAUGGUCAAAGAACUGUUAUCAAGGCCGCCUAAACUUACGAUAAACACAACCGUCAUUAAGAUCGGCCAGAUUCUUCAAGAUGCCGGUGUUAUGGAGCUAAAAACCUUCCAGGAGUUUGCGAAGGAUGUCAAAAAGACAGCCCCAAAUUACCUGUACCAAACGGCUUUCUCUAAUCAGGAUGUACGCCAAUGGCAAGAAUUUUCAAAGGAGAUGGUGGCUCGUUAUCCACAACUUGAAACGUGCUACGACUACUGGCCUCUACAAGUUUAUUAUGAUAGGUGGAUAAAGUAUCGUAUUAUACAUCGCAGGAGAUCGCGGUCAAACGUUCAAGACAUCAGACAAUUCUCAAACACCAAGGGGCUUGAGCUCAAGACAGUGCAAUACGUUGGGAGGCCUCCACCCAAACACAGUCGGCCACACCUACUAGAAGCUUCUCCCAUUGAAUAUUCGACGCCUACUGAGGUGACUGAGCCUCUGAAGUCUCCAAUCUUAUACCCAGACAAAUGCCUUGCAUGUUGUCGUCAUCCUAAACUCACAGCGGUGCAGACCAUGAAAUUGAAUCAUUUCUUGGCUAGUGGUGGAUUGUUCGACCUCCUCCCGGUCUUCAACUCGUUUGGGAUAUUUCACGAUGGACACCUUCGGCAACUCUGCUCACUAACGACGACAGAACGCACGGUGAUAUUAGCAGAGUUCGGUUCAAACGUGGACGUCCAAACUCUGUUGCAACACCUGGAUCAGUAUGCAAUUGGGGCUGAGAUGCCACUGAUCAGUUCCUCUUCAUCUCCGUCCAAUAUCCCGUGUAUGCUUUGCGAACGACACACAGAAUCAGGCGAUUACUUUCGUCGUACCAUCGCUGAGAGGUUGCACUUCCAUUUGAAUAGGAAGCGGCUGGAUUUCCUUGCCCCUGUGGCUGUUAUAUAUGGGAUCAUUGACGAUUCUCAACUUGAGCGGACCUUACGGGAGGCUGGCAAUAGUGCAUCAACAAGGAAGUUCCUCGCGGACCAUGCGAGUGUAACCCCGUUCUAUCAACAGCUGCUACAGAUUGUUUUGCGGGAGCUUGCGCGCCACAGUUAGAGUGAGUUGCUGGUGCAAAUAGAGUCGCGCAGUGAGGUUUUCUUGUUACGUUACUUCCACU